AUGGCUACUCCAGAGAAAAAGAAGAGGAAAGAGAAGGAAAAGAAGGACAAGACUAAGAAUCCCAUGCGAGAAGUCCGCAUCAGGAAGCUAUGCCUUAACAUUUGUGUUGGGGAAUCUGGAGACAGACUGACAAGAGCAGCCAAGGUGUUGGAGCAAUUGACCGGCCAGCAACCUGUCUUCUCCAAGGCACGCUACACUGUGAGAUCUUUUGGGAUUCGUCGAAAUGAGAAGAUUGCUGUUCAUUGCAAUGUCAGAGGUCCCAAGGCUGAAGAAAUCCUUGAGAAGGGGUUGAAGGUUCGGGAAUAUGAAUUACGCAAGGAUAACUUCAGUGACUCUGGCAACUUCGGCUUUGGCAUCCAGGAGCACAUUGAUCUGGGCAUCAAGUAUGAUCCUGGUAUCGGGAUCUAUGGUCUUGAUUUCUAUGUCGUCCUGGAGAGGCCUGGUUUCAAUGUUGCACACAAGAGGAGGAGAACUGGCCGAGUGGGCUCUUCCCAUCGCCUGACAAAAGAUGAUGCCAUUAAGUGGUUUCAGCAGAAGUAUGAUGGCAUAAUUUUGCCUGGAAAAGGAAAAUAA